CCGCGGUAUGCGUCGCAGCGGCUUUACGACGGUAACCGGCUGCUAGACGCGACGGCCGUAUUUUAUUAUUAUUUUUAUAUAACAAUAAUAUAUAACACUAUACAGAAUUUGUACAGACAUUAUUACCAUCGUCCAUCCGGUUCAGUGGUCGUUUCUCCUCCCGAGCGCGCGCGUGUUCGCCAAUCGGUUUAUACCUGCAAUAUUGUGGUAGCGGUCGUCCGCAGAGCACGCGUUUACCUCUAUUCCGGACUGACCGACGAAAUAAUUACAUUGCAACCGUGCGAUAUCAUUAUUUUAAUAUCAUGCUAUUGCAGUGCACAUUAUUUUCCACCAUGGACGUCGCGAGUGGUUAGCGCAUUUCGUUUUCUUAAUAUUAUAUUAUAUAUCAAUAUUUAUUCGCUAUUAACCCAAUAACUGAAAUCUCUGUCGCAUAUUUUUCCGAACACGUCGUCGCGACGUUUUUUUAAAAAUUGUUCUAAUACCUAGUGCACACACAAAAUCCAAAAAAAACUCGCACGAGGACGGAGGGUCGUCUCUCGUCUCCGACGCAAGAUGGAUAUCCAAUUCGAAGACUUGACGUACGAGGUGAAGCCACCGUUUUGGCAAACCAAAGUACCGUCAAGAACAAUAUUGAAGUCGGUAAAUGGACGAUUUUCUGCUGGUGAAUUAUCAUGCAUUAUGGGACCAUCAGGUGCAGGAAAGAGCAGUUUACUUAAUACACUAUCCGGUUACAAUUAUAAAGGUGUAAGCGGGACUUUGAAGUUAAAUAGUCAAGUCAGAGACGAGAAGUUGUUUCGUAAGUUAUCAUGUUACAUAAUGCAGGAGGACAAGAUUCAGCCCAUGUUGACUUUAAAUGAAGUGAUGAUGUUCGCAGCGGAACUUAAACUAUCUAACGGUACACUGACCAAAGAAAAACAAAUGAUCGUGACAGAAAUUCAAAACGUCUUGGGACUGUCUGAGAGCAAAAACACAAGGACCGAAUUCUUGUCGGGAGGCCAGAAAAAGCGGUUAUCUAUUGCUCUGGAACUCAUCAACAACCCGCCCAUAAUAUUUCUCGACGAACCUACUAGUGGCCUGGACAACGUUUCCAGCACCUACUGCCUGCAACUGUUGCGUGGGCUUGCGCAUCAGGGACGCACCAUCGUGUGCACCAUCCACCAGCCAAGCGCCAGCAUGUUCCAGUUAUUCGACCAUGUGUACGUGCUGUCGCAAGGGUACUGCGUGUACCAGGGCUCUACCGACCAGCUGGUACCUUUCCUGUCUACCGUCGGGCUCCAUUGCCCGUUGACGUACAACCCGGCUGACUACAUAAUCGAAGCGACCGACGGCGAGGAACAGGAUAACAUCGAAAAGUUGACUGCGGCCACGAUCAACGGCAAGCAGUCACUGUACAAGACGAGGGACGUCAACAACUGCUACUUGAACGAGGACACGACGAAAUCUGGCGAAUUACUCUUGCCGGAACUUAACGGCAAUGUGAUCACUACCAAAUUGCUCCCUUUGCCACCAAUAAAGUACAAAGCAGACGAUGAAGUGGACAACGACGACGACGACGAAGAUGACGUAGUGAAACCCGGCAACACGUGGUGUGUGGAUUUUCCAACUUCCGGUUGGUCGCAGUUUUGCACGCUUUGGAAGCGCAUGAUUUUGCAACUAUACAGGAACAAGCUCGGGUUAAACAUACAGUUUUACCAUCAUCUGAUCUGUGGCCUGGCAGUAGGAAUUGUGUUUUAUGGAAAGGCUAACGACGGCGAACAGUUCUUCAACCACAUGAAAUUUUGUAUGGGCAAUAUUCUCUUCCACACGUUCACACAGUCGAUGGUUCAAGUGCUCGCAUUUCCGUCCGAGGUGAAACUGCUAAAACAAGAAUACUUCAACAGAUGGUAUAGCUUGAGGCCGUAUUUCUUGGCUCUACAGUUGUCAAGAGUGCCGUCCAUUAUAUUUUUUAGCAGUAUUUAUACAACUUUGGUAUAUUUCAUGUCCGGGCUACCGUACGAACUCUUGCGGUUUUCGAUGUUCAAUAUCAUUUGUCUACUAGUUUGUUUCGUCUCCGAGGGCAUGGGACUGCUCGUGGGUGCUGUGUUCAACGUUACGAACGGCAGCGCGGUUGGCCCAAUGAUGAUAGCACCGUUUUUGGGACUGGCCAUUUACGGGUUCGACUUCGCACACCAAGUGCCGUGGAUAAUGGAGUUCGUAAUGCAAGCCAGUUUCUUGCGGUGCGGAGUUAUCGGGCUGGUGAUCACCGUGUUCGGGUUGAACAGGGAACCGUUGCACUGCGACACGGGCUACUGCCACUUCAAAGACCCAAACAUCAUAAUUUACUACUUGAACGUGGACAGGAAGCAUCCAUACUUCGAGAUCAUCAAGUUGGUCGUCAUGCUCUUGCUGUUCAGGUUUCUAACGUAUUUCGCGCUCCGGAGGAGGCUCACUAGCUAAGACGGCGGUCGGUGCUACUACAUUUUUGUCCGAGACAAACUUUAUUCUUGUUGUUUUUUUUUUUUAAUGUUUUAAUUACUUAUCCCUAUAUAUAUAUAGUUAUUUAACUUUGAUCUAUUUUCA